UUGCAGUAAUCGGAAUCCAUUCAGUGCCAAUCAGGUAAUCAGUGUGAGAGUCUUUUCAAAGCGAAGGAGCAAAUUAGCUUUUGUGUUGUAGAUCGAGCAGGCUAGGUAUAGCGAGAAUGGAGUACCAGGGGCAGCAUGGUGGCCACGCCAGCAGCCGCGCCGACGAGCACGGCAACCCUGCAGUGACCACCGGAAACGCACCCACCGGGAUGGGCGCCGGCCACAUCCAGGAGCCGGCGAGGGAGGACAAGAAGACCGACGGCGUCCUCCGCCGCUCCGGCAGCUCCAGCUCCAGCUCAUCCUCUGAGGACGAUGGGAUGGGAGGAAGGAGGAAGAAGGGGAUCAAGGAGAAGAUCAAGGAGAAGCUCCCCGGCGGCAACAAGGGCAACAACCAGCAGCAGCAGCAGGAGCACACCACAACAACGACCGGCGGCGCGUACGGGCCGCAGGGCCACGAUACCAAGAUCGCCACCGGCGCACACGGCGGCACCGCCGCCACCACCGCGGACGCCGGCGGCGAGAAGAAGGGCAUCGUGGACAAGAUCAAGGAGAAGCUCCCCGGCCAGCACUGAGCUGCUGCAUGCCAUGUGUGUGAUCGGUGUUUCGAUCCGACGAUCGACUUCGAUCACAAACAACGAAGGAUCUCCCUCCUGAAGAAUAAUAAUAUUGUGUGUCCUUGUAUAUCUGUGUGUGUGUUCCGGGUAAACAAUAAAGUCGUGAUGCAGCCACGGCAUGUGUGCGUACGUGUACGUAGCACUGUAUGUAAGUGCGCGUGUGGUAUAUGGCGUGUUGGUUAAUUUUCGUAUAUUAUUUGGCUCAAAUUAUAUAUUUUAAACAUCUAUGUGAAAUCUGUUUAUCGUGA